UUACUAUUAAAUGCUAACUAAUAGAAACCUCUCUCUUUAAGAAUCCAAAAAAAAAAAAAAUUUCUUGAUGGAAAAUUGUCUUCUGUCGUUCAUCACCAAUAUCUUCUGUUCUUUGUUGUUUCUCAAGUUGCUGAUUUUGAAAUCAUGUAGUAGUACCAUAAUAACUCCAUCACAAACAAUUAUCAGUGAUGGUGAAACUCUAGUAUCCGCAGAGCAAAGCUUUGAGCUUGGCUUCUUCUCUCCCAAAAGAUCAAACAACAGGUAUGUAGGACUAUGGUACAAGAAAACCCCUGAUAUUAUUGUCUGGGUAGCUAACAGGGACAACCCGAUUACCGAUUCGAAUGUCACAUUCAUCAUCACAAACAAUGGAAAACUUGCUCUUCUCAACAACAGAACCAAGAGCAUCAUUUGGUCCAUCAAUACGUCAUUUGCAGCAACAAGAAACCCAUCUGUCAGGCUUUUGGAUACGGGAAAUCUUGUAGUCAUUGAUGGAGACAAAGAUAUAUAUAGCUUCAACAACAACACAUCUGAUGAUGAUAAUUCCGACUACUUGUGGCAGAGCUUUGAUUAUCCAUCUGAUACAUUCUUAGCAGGCAUGAAGCUCGGUUGGAACUUUGAAACUGGUUCCCAAAGAUACUUAACAUCAUGGAAAACCGAUGAUGACCCAUCAACCGGUGACUAUAUUUACUGGUUGAGCCCCAGGGGUCUUCCUCAGUUAUUCGUCUCCAUGAAAACAACAACGACGACCAAGAUGGUCAUCAAGUAUCGAUCAGGACCAUGGAAUGGAGUUCAUUUUGGUGGAACUCCCAAAGCGCCAGUUUUUCCUCUUUUCAAGUCCUUUCUUGUAUCUAACAAGGAUGAGCUGUAUUACACUUUCAAGGCCAAUGUCAAAUCAGCAGUAACUCGAGUGAAAGUGAAUCCUACUGGUUUAUCAGAUCGUCUUGUAUUGUAUAAUAGGAGUACACAAUGGUCUGUUCUUUAUACAGUUCCUUAUGAACCCUGUGACAAUUAUGGAUUCUGUGGAGCUAAUGGUAUUUGCAGGAUGAACAGAGAUCCUUUAUGUGAGUGUUUGGAAGGUUUCGUUCCUAGGUCGGAAGAAGAAUGGAAAAUGUUGAAUUGGUCUAGUGGGUGUGUGAGGAAGAUGGAGUUUGAUUGCAGGGUUGAUAGUGGAGAUGGGUUUGUGAAGCUUGUUGGGAUUAAGUUUCCUGAUUUUUUGGAGUUUUGGUCCAAUAAAAGUAUGAGCUUGGCGGAGUGCAAGCAGACUUGUCUCAGCAAUUGUUCUUGUACAACUUAUACUAAUUUGGAUAUUGGAAGAGGCAGUGGAUGUAUGAUUUGGUUUGGUAACCUUGUUGAUGUUAGAGAGUUGAGAAUCAAAGUCGGUGACAAAAAGACCAAAGAGGGAAAAGUCAGUGAGGAGGGUAUCUAUUUAAGACUGCCUGCUUCUGUACUUGAAUCAAUUCAUGCUUCGAAAUGGAAGAGAAGACGACUAAAGAUCAUCAUAAUUGUUUCACUGAUUACCAUUAUUUUCUGCAUCUUGGUCCUGGUAAUUCUCUUGGCAUUUUGGAACAAAAAAAGCAAGGGGAGAGAUUUAAUACAACAGGAAAGCAAUGAAGAAGACCUAGAACUACCUUUAUAUGAUUUGGCUACCAUUCAAUUUGCUACAAACAAUUUCUCUCCUGAGUAUUGGAUCGGAGCGGGCGGUUUUGGCCCUGUUUACAAGGGGAAACUUCUAACAGGACAAGAAAUAGCAGUAAAAAGGCUUUCUAAGAAUUCAGGACAAGGUGUUAAAGAGUUCAAGAAUGAAGUCCAAUUGAUUGCAAAGCUUCAGCAUAGGAAUCUGGUUUCCCUUUUUGGCUGCUAUAUUCAAGGAGAUGAAAGGAUGCUAAUCUAUGAAUAUAUGCCAAACAGAAGUUUGGAUCAUCUUAUCUUCGAUAAUGACAGAAGCAAAACACUAGGAUGGGAAAAACAUUUUGAUAUUGUCAUGGGAAUUGCGAGAGGACUUCUCUACCUCCACAGAGAUUCAAAACUUCAAAUUAUUCAUAGGGAUCUCAAAGCAAGCAAUAUUUUACUGGAUAACAACCUGAAUCCUAAGAUUUCAGACUUUGGCUUAGCAAAGAUUUUUGGAGACGACGACAAAAGAGAAGCCAGUACAAGGAGAAUUGUUGGAACAUAUGGAUAUAUGGCCCCAGAAUAUGCAAUCGACGGGAAGUUUUCUGUAAAAUCUGAUGUCUUUAGCUUUGGCGUGCUUCUACUAGAGAUUGUGAGUGGAAAAAGAAAUAGAAGGUUUAAUCACCCAGAUCAUCACCACAACCUUCUAGGACAUGCAUGGAUGCUAUGGAAUGAAGGCAAAUCCUUGGAUCUUUUGCACUCCGGUUUAAAGGGUUCAUGCAUUGAUUCUCAUGUAGUGAGAUGCAUUCAAGUGGGUUUGUUAUGUGUCCAGAAAUUCCCCCAAGACAGACCAACAAUGUCGUCCAUUGUUUACAUGUUGGAGAACGAGGGAGCUACAUCGCCUCAGCCUGGACAGCCUGGUUUUUUCGUAGAAAGGAAAUCAAGUGACGAGGAAUACCACUCGAAAUCAACAAAUGGAGACUCUUCCUACUCACUGAAUUCAGUCACUAUGACUCUGCCUAAUGGCAGAUAGAUAUAAUUUCUGUUGUAUACUACCUGAAUAUAUCUUGUUACAUUUUCAAGUACAAUAUAAAUAUUUACAUUGUAAUUAUGAAAAUAUUUGAAACCCAAAUUGUGGUGUUAGAUUUA